AUGUCUAAAAAACCAGUUAACGAUUUAAUAAGUUUUUGGUCCACCAAACAAAAAGAGAAAACUACUGAACAAAUUUCAUCGCAAAAACAUUCUGAACAAUUUCCUUCGAAAUCAUGGAUCAAUAAUAAUAAUCAUUCUAGUUCGAGUUUAACAAAUAUCUCACCUUCUGUACCUACCGUGCCUACCGUGAUUGUAGAAAACUCAAAUUCCAUGAAUAAUGAAAAUGGGAAUAGUGAUAAUGAUAUUUCCAAUAGUAGUAGUCUAUCGAAUAUAAACUUUGUGAAAGAUAGCAGUCUUUCGAUAGUUGGCAUAAAAACUAUUCAAAAUCAAAAUGAUCGAGGGAGAAUGAAUUGGGAUUCUUUGCCACAAAAUACAACUACAACAGUACUUUCUCGAAAAACAUCUGUUCCACCAAAAGAUAUUUCCUUUCUCAAUAAACCAUUUAGUCCAAAGCAAAUUCAACGUGGGUCAAUGCCACGAGAGAAAAAAGUAUCAAAUUUGGUGUCUAGAUUUGAAAAUGUUACAUCUCCUCCUACUUCUCCUACUUUGUCACCGACAAAUCUAUUGAAUACAACAAAUCCGGAACAAAUAAAUUUGCCACCAACUGUACCUCUGACAGCUUUGUCAUCUACAACUUCUAUUACUGAUAAUAAUAAUAGUAACAGUUCAUAUCCCAAUAUAAAUGAUACUACAUCGAUGACGCAAAACAGUCCGGAAUCACAUAAUGUAUCAACUUCAAGUAUAGUAAUUCCAAAUAUUCUAACUGAUCCACUUUAUAUGUCAUCAUCAUCUCCGAUAGAAGCUGUUAAGAAAGGUCAUUCUAUUCAAAGUCCACCACCAAUAUCAACUCCGAUAUAUCCGAAACAAACAAUUCCUGAAACAUUACAUACGUCAUCCGCGAAGGAAAGCCCUGUUUUCCCUGCUAAACUAACUAUUAAUGAUUCAUUAUCAGACACGAACCCAUUUUCUCCAAUUAGAUCCCCCUUUAUUAAAGAUUUAUCACAAACAACGCAGUCAACUUCUUUACAUAUCUCGAUACCUGAUCCAUCGCUUGAGAAAAAGUUACCUGAUUUGCCAAAAGAUGCUACUCAAUUAUCUCCUAUAGUUUCUCCAACUCCUGUAAUUUCAUAUAGGAGAAAAACAAUUCCUAUUCAAUCCAAAAGAGAUUCAAUGAUAACUUCUCCAAUUCGAAAAAAUGUUCCUGUAUAUAUCACAAACAAUAAUAACAAAGGUUCUGAAAACAUUCUAGAUUUAUUACCGCAAACUCCUCAAAUAUCUACUUUAAACUUUGAUAUACCGGAACUUGAUCCAUUAUCAAAAGUUGGGCAUUCAUCAACUCUUAAAGAAUCUAUAUCAAUAUCUUCAUUAAAGCGUGGGUUAUCCGAUCCAACAUCAAAUACUUAUGUAUUACCAACUUUAAGUACUUCUUUGUCUAAUGAUAUAAAUUCUUGGAAAUUUCAAGACGAAUCCCCACCUAUAUUGUCUAAUAAUAUUAAUCCUAAUUCGUUAAAAUUAACUGAAAAUGAAUUUAAUCAACAAUUUGGUGUGAAAGUUGGUGUGAAAAAAUCCAAUAACCCGUUAAUGUAUAAAGUAGUCGGUCAAAAAUCAGGGAAUAAAAAGAAAUCGCUACCAUCAGUCCAAGACAGCUCGACUUAUAUAAUAGAAAUGCAAGAUACCCGUACGACAAAUGAUCAUACAAGUUUCGAAAAGAGCAAUCAACGGGGAUUACCACCAAAAUCAAAUAGCAUAAUGAGAAAACCUGUACCAACUUCUUAUUCAUCAAGUUCUAAGAAACUAAAAUUAAAAAAUAAACUACCAAAUACAUUCACUGUCACUCUAAGAAAUUCAGGAAAGUUUCACACGUAUGCUUCAUCCGAUGAUUUAAAAUCGAUAUCAUCAGAACGAACAAAACGAAAACCAUUAAAACCUGUACAAGUCCCAAAAUCUCCUUAUAAUUCCAUACGACCACAACGAAGUAUUUUAUCACCAACUAGCACAUUAAAGAAAAAUCCUUUCCUUAAACAUAUUAAAACGAAAGAUUCUGGUGAUCAUAAUUUACCAGAAUACACAUCAUCCAAAAGUAAAAUGUCAUUCAUGGUACCACAUAACCUUGCAUCUGUAGAAUACAGAAAAAAUAAUCGUUCAAUGCCAGACCUUACGGCACGUACGAGACAUAACAAAUUCAACAGAGCAUUCCGAAGAAAUAAUGUGACUGUACCAGAUUUCACUCCAGUUAUUGCUGCGAUGAAAGAUUCUAUUGAAAAAAAAAAGGAUUCUAAUAUAUCAUUUCAACCUGAUACUGAAUUAAAUCCAUCAAAAAUAACAAAAUUUAGUAUUAAUAUAUUUGAUGAAUCAGAUUCCAGUGAAGUAUUCAAACCUGGAUCACCGUGGAUAAAUUUAUCUCAUUUGGAUGAAUAUAUUAAAAGUUUACCACCCACUGAAUUUUCUGAUCCUAAAGAUUUAAUGACUCAAGAAGAAUAUGAAAAGUUUGUAAAAGAUUGUAAAUCCAAUAAAUAUUCAGAAUUUAUAUUUCCACCAAUGAAUCAAAUUCCAGAUAGUACUUCUCUAGAAGAUCUUGAAAAUAAUAAGUUUAAAAAAUCGUCAACAUUCCUAGGAAUUCAAAUGAACCAAAGAAUGCGAAAUGAUUGGUUAGAUGCUGCUAUUGAUGGUGUAAUUGCCAUAGAAGGUGUCCUUGGAACUCAAACUUCAUCAGAUAAAAUGACUAAAUUAGAAAUCGUAAGAGAUUUUUUUCAAUUUUUAACACUUGUGUUGUCAUUUGGAAAUCCUGGAAUAUUUCAAAGUUGGGUAAAAAUAUUAUUGGAUACAAUUCCCAACUUGUUUAGUUUUAAUUUGGAUCGUGUAUUUGGAAAUGGAAUAGCUUUCUUUUUGGUAUAUUGUGUUAUUGCACUUGGAGCUUUGUAUUGGUUUAGAAUGAUGACUAAAUGGGAUCCUAAUGCUGAUACUGAGGGUCUUGAAUCAUCACCAUGGAAUCUACGUCCCAAAACAAACCGACGUCAAAAUAUAGUAAUAACUUUCUUAUUAACCACCCUUUAUCUUCCAAUAUCAAAACUCUCAAUUGACGCUUUAGUAUGGGGUGACACAUUCUGGGCAAUACCAAAUCCAUAUAUUUAUAGUGAUACGCCAGAUUUUAGUUACUUCAAUAAUAUUACAGACAAUAGAGCCUUUAAUGAUUUUUGUUAUAUUACUAGUAUGAGAAAAGGUGAUUGGAAUUUUUCACCAGUAAUUAUAGGUGUUGCAUUGGUAACACUUGCACUGUUGACUUUUUGGUUCCCUAUUGCUUUAAAAAGAUUGGUUGACAAGAAUUCACCUAAAGUUGAUGAAUACAAUGAAGUUGGUGAAAAGAUUGCAAAUAUAGGUGGUGAAUAUAGAAAAUUAUUGGAAAAAGAUAUUUGCCCUUAUAAUUUUUUGUAUAAUGCAUAUAACGAAAAAUGGGUAGCCUACAAAUCUUUUAUAAUGGCCAACAAAUUUUUUAAUAUACUUUUAGUUUCAUUAAUAUCUAAAGACAAUUGUAUCUUCCGGAAUAUGCCGCGAACUCGCAUAGAAUCAAUUCGUCAAGCUUUACAAAUUGCUCUCAUGGUUUUAUUAUUGAUUAUCCAUUGGAGAAAUGAACCAUACAUUUUUGCUUCGCAAAAUUCUAGUGAAUAUUGGACACGAACUGGUUAUGUGAUCACUGCAGUUCUCGGACUGGUUGUAAUAUUAAAAGUUGGUCCAUAUCAGGGAAUCUCCAUAGGUAUCAUAAUUAUUAAUUGUAUAGUUGGAAUAGCAAUGAUAUGGUAUAUGCUUAAAGAGACAGGACCUUAUCAAAAUUUCGUAAAGAUUAUAAAGAAACGAUUAGAUUUUAGUAUCAAUAUAUACUCACCUAAUUUAGAUUUUUCUAAGCAUAUUAAACGACGUAUAUGGCAAGAGACUUGGACAACUCUAUUUUUAACUUCUGAAAAUUUUAAAAUGCCGAAAGAUAAGAUUGUAGCAUAUUCUCAAUCUCCACAUAGACCACCAUAUUUAUUAAAUUUUACAGGAAGUGUGGCAGAACGACAUGUUGAGAAUCUUAAAAUCAUAAAACAAAUUGGAAUAAGACGUUAUACUGUUUCAUUGUCCCCUUUACCUAGUUCUUUAAUAGAAUUAAGAACAAUGAUAUUAAAUAAUUUUGUAGGACCAGAUAUGUACUAUGCACCGGAAUUUUUAAACGUUAAGAUAAAAACGUGUUUUGGUAAAGCAUACGUAGUACCAUUUCCAUUUAGUGUAGUAAUGUGUUAUGAUGAAGAUGAGAGUGUAAUUGUAUUAACACAGGAAUGGGAGAUUCAAAGGUACGUGGAACAGAACGAGAAUAAGGAAGUGAAACGAAGGAGGUUGGUUAGACAAAUGAUUAGAGCUUUGGAAGGAAAGAUUAUUAUCGGUCCUUGUCGCGAGAAAGGUGAAAAAAAUAAUAAUCUUGAAGAAUACGAUAAAGCACCAAAAAAUUUCUUUGGCGUUUCAUCAGAGUCAGAAGUGCAUUAUCAUUUAGGUCUUCUCCAAAUAAGACGUAAUCAAAUAUCAACAUGGAAUAAUCAUAAUAUGAAUUCCGGAUUUGAAGUCACCAUCAUGUAUACGAACGCAUUUCAUUCUAGUACUGAUCAUGAACGAACGGUUGGCCAUGAUAUUAUCGGAAUCACACAUGAUUUUCAGAUGACAACACAACUUGAACGAUUAUUUACUGAUAACUACAAAGUUGUGUCCCAAGGUUUGGAACGGAUUCAAUCGAUAAUGCAACAAUAUAGACAGUAUUAUAAAGAUGAAGCUAUUCAAAAAGAAGAAACUUUAACAUAUGGAUUUUUCAUAAAUAUAUAUAAUAAUCCUUCAAUACCAUUGGAGACACUACCUACUUUAUUAAUGACCACUGAAACAAAUCCACAAAUUCAAGAAAUACCAGUGACCGAUUAUCCAACACUUGUUUAUUUAUAUGAAAGGAUGAGAGUAGUGAAUUUAUCAAGAGCUCAUCAAUGGUGGUACUUAUUUUGGGAAGAUCUCUGGAGAAAAAAUAAUCAAGAGAUUGAAGAAUUAAGAAAAUAUGCACAGGAUUUUUCACCAGCAUAUAGAACUAGUUUAUGUUAUAGACCGAUGACUAGGUUGGAUCUGGAAAAGUUUUUGAAAAAUCGUGGAAUUUGGAAAAACGAUGGGCGGAAUGGGUUUUUACACAGUGGAGUUUUAAAUAGGGUUUAUUUGUAUUUGAAUAACGUUGUAUUCGUACGGCAAUCUGGAUCUAAACGGAACAAUAAAAAUGAUGGAGAAAUAGUGAUAGUACCGAGAAAAUGGAGGUUAACAAAAGGAAACGUUAUUGAUGAUUAUAAUGAAUAUAAUACAUUACUUGGAAAAUUUAAGAGAAAUGUGAAGGAACGCGUGUUCAUGAUGAAUUAUUUGAUUAGGCGGAAAACAAAGUUGUCAAGAAUUAGAUCGUUCUUUGUGUUAAGCGAAAACGAUAAUGAAGAAGAUACUGAUGGUGAAAUUAAUGAUUCUAGCGAUAAUAAUGAUGAAAUUUAA